UAAAUCAAACCAGUACAAGCCUCACCCUGAAAUGUUCUGCUGCUAGUAACUUAAGCUAUUGUUUCAAGAAGGCGCACCGAGUACAACCUGGAAUAAAAGAAUUGAUUUUGAUAGGCGUUUCCUUUUCCCAACCACACCCCGUCUCAGUUGAAACUAAUAAUGAAACCCUCGAGAUCCUCAGAAUCAGGGCGGAAAGAGGAAACGUACCUCAUGUGCUUCAUGCAGUUGCUCAAAACUGCUCAGCGUUGACCAAGCUAGACUUAGCUUUUGACGUAGAGGAUUAUCAGAAUGAGGGGGUACAUAGGCGCUCGUCGACAUCGUCAAUUUUCCACAGGCUGCGCUUUCUAGAACUCACUGUGGGGCAAUUUACUCUGAAGGACCUUAUAUCUGUUAUGGAAGUGGUCUCUGCCUUGUAUCAAAAUAUCCAACAUCUCACCAUCAAUGUGAAAGAUCAUUAUCAGUCUGAUGACAAGAGCCUCAUCAGUAGUGUGAGCUUGCAGCUACAUCACUUGGAAGAUCUUAGAUUUUCUAGUACGGGAAUGGAUCUGAAGGCAAAAAAAGACCUACAAUUGACAGUGCAUGUGCUCUGUCCCCAACUGGCACCCAUAACGUCCCGGGGUGGCGUUUACUUCUUUCGGCGGAUCCACGGCGUGUCAGGCUACUUGGAUCAUCUUGGUGGGGAAUUAUCCAUCCCUGCUCACAAUGUAAAGCUUUCCAUUCCUCCGGGAGCAUUGGAAGACAGUGAGCAGAUCAGCAUCGAGGUUUUCACUGACCUACCAAAGAGCAUCAAUCUUCAAGACAACGAAAUUGUGGCGAGCUUCGGGUUCAGAUGUUUUCCAUCGGGAACGAUUUUUAAGAAGCCACUUACUCUAUCGAUGCCUCACUGUGCGGUUAUUAACGAUAACGACGUGGUGGGAAUUGUUCUACACUUUGAAAGUGAUGAUGAAGGUACUAUAUUGUUUUUGUUAAAUAUUAUUGUUUGGUAGAGGUUGUUUUUUUCUUCUUCCUUUCUUUAAAUACUAUAAUAUC